UUCCGUCAUGCCUCAAAACGAUCAAAUCUCCGUUCUCUUUGUUUGCUUGGGCAACAUUUGCCGUUCACCGAUGUCCGAGGCUGUCUUCAAACAUACUGUGAAGGAAUUGGGUCUUGAGGAUCGCUUUUCCAGGAUUGACUCUUGUGGUACUGCCGCUUACCACGUUGGCGAAGCACCUGAUCCUCGCUCAGUCUCUACGUGUGAAUCGCACGGUGUCCCAGUAAACCACUACGCUCGCCAAAUCCGUCAGAAGGACUUCACAGAAUUUGACUAUGUCUUGUGCAUGGAUCGAUCGAACCUGAGUGAUCUUCAGCGGGUAAAGCCGAGAGAUGGGACUGCGGUCGUCAAGCUCUUUGGCGAGUACGGAGAGAAGGGGGAAAAGCGCAUUGUUGAUGAUCCAUACUAUGGUGGUAUCGAUGGCUUCGAGGUGAACUUCCAGCAGGCUGUGGGGUUCUCGAAGGGCUUUUUGAAGGAGGUCUUGAAGGUGAACGUGUAGAGACGACGUUCAUCUGCCGCACGACCGAAAGACGCAUAAAAUUAGAUACCCAGAUAUAACCGAAA